AUGUCAGGACGCACAUUUUCUGAUGAGUUCCGCGAGGAGCAUGCUAAUUUCUGGACGCUCAUGGAGCAGAUUAUCGAUGGCCUUCGAAACAACUACCCAGCAAAUCAAGAUGAGAUCAUUGGCCGCAUGGGCCAGCUCCAUCUCCAGCUCUCGACUCUUCGACGAGCCGGAGAGAUGAUGGGUUCGAGUUAUCCACCCAGCGAUAUCGUCCGAGAUGCUCCUCCCCUAUACUUCAGCGGCCGCACUCAACGCCAUCCGAAUUACUUCGGUACCGAGUUCGGUUACUCCUGUUGGUAUACGCAAGCCCAGCUGGGCUAUUUCAUUGCAGACCUUCUCAACCAGAGGGACCACACCCGCGUAGCCGACCAGCUCGAGCAGUUGCUAGUGAGCUGGCAAUUGACCGAGAUGAGAGUCUUCCCCCGUCAACUCCCUACACGCAAUCCCGUCGAGCAGCCUGUCAAUAUCGUGCAUAUUGAUGGUCCACCAUACUAUACACCAGGCGGACCUGGACCACGCGUCAAGACAGCAAGGACUAUUGGGCCAGUGCGCACACACCCAAGUAUUCGCCUGCCCGCCCCGACCGAUACUGCUCACGGCGUGGCACGGCGAACACGCCAUCGUGCAGUUCCGUACCCUGGACGGGGUGUUCGACGGGUAGGUCCUAGGAAUACCAGGGUAACCCCGCCAAUGCCCAAGGUGGCCCUUCCACUGCCUGAUAUCAUGCGAAACGGUGAUGCUUCUCAUCUUCCACGGCCGACUCUUCCUGGUGUCCAGUCCCUUUUCACUCCACUGACCCUCCCUGGUGGAGUUACUCUUCCAGGUGCACCGGCUGCGUCGGUGCCACCCCCACCUGGCCAGCCACUCCGGUCUACUGUACCGGCCCCUAAUACCGAGGCAACUAUAUCUGUUUUGAAUGCCAAUAUCACGAACACUUUGCAUAGAGACCAGUCCCGUUAG